UACAAUAGUUUUUCAUACUGGUGCGUGCACUUGGUGACUUCUUUUGAAAAGACGACCGUGGAAGAAUUGGUUACAGCAACAGCUUAUUUUGAUUUAUUUCUUCGAUCUGUAACCGAUCCUGGUUUGUUGAAAUCACUUGUUAGAUUUCUAUUAGAAGAUAAUUACGAUGACUGUAGAAUACUGGAUAGCUUAAUACAGAGGAUUUCUUCUCGAUCGAGGUUGUGCAUAGUUACUCUGGCAUUGUUUGAAACUCUGGUUAAUUUAAAUUGCGAAGAUGUUAUGUUGGAAUUAUGUUUGGGUGCAUUAAAUCCAUGCUCACAUGUAAUGCUUUCUCAACGUAGCCGACUGAGGGAUAUAGAUCCUUUUGGACGUGCAGCAGAAAAAUUUUUAUCCCUAACACCAUGUUGCUGCUCCGUAUUUACAUUGGAGUCGCAAACGAAUUCUUUACCUAGCACCGUAUCAUCCACAUAUGAUAAAUAUGGAUAUAUCCCAUCCGAUUCCAUGAAAUCGCUACCAGCAUCGAUAAAUUACGGUACAAGAUUAUCAGAUAGUUUAUAUGGAAAUUAUCAUGCGUAUCUCUGUGAUGCCAGACAAAAGAUCAAAGCUUGCCGUAAUGCGUGUUCCAAUUGGUCUUACCAGUACGAUGGUAAUUUACUUCGAAAUAGCAAUACUAGUAGCAUGACUACGUUGAUAGAUGAAAAUAUUAUAUCUGAUCAAUCACAGAAAAAAACAGAAGAAUCUAGAACAUUGGAAAUGAUUAAAAAUACAAUAAAAUCGUGCAAAAAUGAUGAUGGUACAUCACUGGAUAAUGUAUUACUUAAUAUUCAAUCUUUGUUAGAGGGCAAAGAUUUAAACAGCAAUGAACAUAAUAUUAAAAACGAAUUGAAUACGGAUAUUGCACUAUCUCUCGACGAACAGGCGCAAUUGGAUGCCGAUAUUGCAGAGCUAUUGAACGAAAGUAUCGGAAUGACAGAAUAUACAGAGGAGACCUUAGAUAAGAAGGAAUCCGAUAGCUGCAUAGACGAUUCGACUGCGGCUAUGAAUUCGCUUAUGUCACUGGGUGAGAGCAGCGGCUAUGAAAGUUUUGCAUUUAAAGGAUCGCCAGAGUCAACGCCAGAUAACGAAACCAGCGAGGAUCGUAUGAGUGAACCUGAAGAAACACACAUUGUAAUUGAGAAAGAGGUUGAUGAUGUCGCUAUGCGUAAUGUCGGAAAAUCGAAUCCCCCAACUGCAGAAACGUCAAGUAAAUUAAAUAAGGACAUUUCGUAUCGACAAGAUGUGUUUAAUGGACAGCCAAAUGUCGGCAUAUUUUUAGAUGUGGUUUUACGGAAACUCGAAUGUAUGACAAGCAAUAAUUUGUAUGUCAAUUUACACCUCACGGGCCUCAUUAGCAGAUUGGCGAUAUACCCGCAACCUUUAUUGCAAUCGUUUCUGCUGAACCAUUCUCUUGUAUUUCAACCCAGCAUCAGAUCUUUAUUUCAGGUGCUUGCGUCAUUAAAACACAAAAUAGACCAAUUUCUUUCGAAACAUAACAAUGUAGAUUUAUUGGUUGAACAAGCAAGAUCGUUUCUGAUUGGUCGAGAAAACAAACUAGUGAAUGCAAGAAAAAAUGUGAUAGAAGCUGCUGCCCAGUCCUCAUCUAUUAAAAGACAUUCUUUGGCCGGUGAAUCAUUCUCAAGAGUAUUCAAAAGAUGGGAACCAAAAAGAAGAAGUUUGACGUCGUCAUUUACACAAAUGUUCAAACGAUCAAGUGGUAGUUUAGGUCCAAGUCUAACAAUUUCUACCAGUCAACCGUCCAGUAUAUCAGAAGAUCAGCUGCAAAUAGUUGGAUCUGGAUAUAGAUAUACAAAAACUUCGUGGGAAUCGCCAACUGAAGUGAGCCCAGUACAAAAUGUUGUACUAUGUGCUGUUAUAUUAGAUGAAUGGCUUAAAGAGCUCGCAGCGAUCACUCAGGAGCAUGCCAUUAUGUCCCUUACAGAUAAAAAUAGAUUUAAAUCUUAACAUGAGAAUUUAUAAGAAUAUAAAACUUACAAGAGAAUAUUUGAAAGUAUCCUACUCCGCUUAUACACGCAAUUCAAAUGUAAAAAAAUAAGAGGCAUGUAUUUUUUUCAAACAGUAUAAUUGUACAUAAAAUGCUGAAUUUAGCAUAUUUAAACGAAAGUGGUGAGAUAUAUGAGACGAGCGUGGCCUAGUAGACAGCGCACUGGUUUAUUGAACCGAAGUCCCGGGUUCAAUUCCCGGUAGAGCCAAAAAUUAUAUUCGCUCGUUCUCCUCUCGAAAGGCAAUGGCAAACCACCGAGAGUAUGUCUUGCCAAGAACGCUU